UUCCUUUGGGAUGAGCACAAAUGAAAUCCCUUCAGUGGUCUCUAUGUGGCCAAAGUAUCAUGAACAGUGAUCCACUGGAUUCCCCAGUCUUCUUAUUCAGGAUCACCAUCUUCAACGUUGAGUGGUGGUUAGAUUGGAACAAUUGUAUGAUCGGUGUUCCUCUGCCACCACCUUAUCCAGAGAUCCAUCUUUUCUUGAAUGCCUCACCUCAGGGAUGGGUUGCAUAUCUCAAUUAUCAGGAAUUCAAGGGCCUAGGGAUGGACAAUGAUGCUUUGCCGGUCCAAGUUAUUUGCACUGCACAUGCACAGGAUGCUUUAUCAUUCUACCUAUGUCCUUCUUACCUAAGACAUUGGUAACCAGGGAAGGGUUUAAUUCCUUUUCACUGAUUCGUCUGACUGAUAUUUCUCACCUCAAAGACCGAGUAGAUCCAUUGAGGGCCUUGAGGUGUUAGGUUGACCACACUAAAGCUUUUGGACACAAUCACUAAAGCUUUUUAUUCAUUGUGUCCAUUCAGUUUCCCUGGAUUUAUCCCCAGUUACCUUGAUGAGGUGGGUAAGAAAAUUGAUCUACAUUGCUUAUUCUGGGCUUCUUUGGGGAAGGAGACUUCUGCAAGUCAUAUCUCAUCAGAUUCAUCACAUUUUUAUGUCAUUAGUGGCUCAAUUGAAUUGCCUGCCAGUGGACAUUGUGCAGGCUGGAGUGUGGGCCUCCCCCAAUACUUUUAUCUCACCAUAUUUGUAUGAUCUGGCAGUAUCUUUUUCUGAGGGUUUUUGACUACCCCAUGUAGCUAUAUUAACCACAUCUGCUAAAUCAUACAAAGGGGUGAGUAUUUUCAUUACUAAUCUCUUCUUUCAUUUUCAGGGUCCCUUACCUCUUUGUCUGAGGAUUCCACUUUAUGGCAAAUGCUCUUGCCCAGUCAGGUGUACUUUUAUCAAACCAAAUCUGCACUAGCAACCACAAACACAGUAUACUUUAUCUGGGUUGCUUUGUUGAAAUGAAGUGUUCCAUAAGACCACCUAGAGGCAGACCGAGUAGUAUUACUGUACUAUGCUUGACUACCACACAUGGAAUAUCACGAGUAAAGCAUAAGAGGAUCCUGCCCAUCCCUGCCAAUUAGUGGAUUGCAUAAAUCGAGUUACAAAAACUAACUUAUCAGUUCAUGAAGACAAAAACAGAGUUCCUUAUGUCAAGGGGGCAACAGAGAGGUUUGUAACCAGCCCUGAAGAAGUGAUGGAAGUUAUUGAUGAGGGGAAAUCCAACAGACAUAUAGCUGUCACAAACAUGAAUGAACAUAGCUCUAGAAGUCAUAGUGUCUUCCUAAUCAAUGUUAAACAAGAGCACAUGGAGAAUCAGAAGAAACUUAGUGGUAAACUUUACUUGGUGGAUUUAGCUGGAAGUGAAAAAGUGAGUAAAACAGGGGCUGAAGGAAUGGUUUUGGAUGAAGCCAAGAAUAUUAACAAAUCUCUGUCUGCCCUGGGCAAUGUUAUCUCAGCACUAGCUGAUGGAAAUAAAAGUCACAUCCCUUAUCGUGACAGCAAACUCACUCGAAUCCUUCAAGAAAGUUUAGGAGGAAAUUCUCGCACUACAAUAAUUAUUUGCUGUUCUCCUGCCUCUUACAAUGAGACUGAGACCAAGUCAACACUUGAUUUUGGUAGAAGAGCUAAAACUAUCAAGAAUACUGUAAUAAUAAAUGAGGAAUUAACAGCUGAGGAAUGGAAGCGUCGCUACGAAAAAGAGAAAGAUAGGAAUGCUAAGCUAAAGAUUCAGCUGGAACGAGUGGAAGCAGAACUCAAUCGUUGGAGAAAUGGAGAGACAGUACCUCAGGAUGAACAACUUACUAGCAAGGAGUUGGAAACCAGUACUCUGAGUCUCUCUGAGUCUUCUUCUGUGGUCAGCUUACCUAACUUAGCACCUCUGACAUCUGCUGAACCAAUGACCAGUGAGGAGAGAGCCAAGUUUAUGGAGGAGAGAGCUCGCCUAUAUUCGGAUAUGGAUGAAAAAGAUGAUGAAAUUGAUCGUCAGAGUCAGUUAAUUGAAUCCUUCAAAGAACAGAUGCUAGAGCAAGGAGAGUUAAUCAUGUCCACUCGUCGAGAUUAUGAGAACCUACAGCAAGAGAUGAACAAGAUCCAGCAGGAAAAUGAAUCCGCUAAGGAGGAGGUGAAAGAAGUGCUUCAGGCACUGGAGGAGCUGGCUGUAAACUAUGAUCAAAAGUCACAAGAAGUGGAAACAAAAAGCAGAGAUUGUGAUACUCUUGCUGAAGAAAUGAAUGUAAAGUUGUCUGAGCUGAGUACCUGUCAGAAUGAACUACAACAGCAAAAGGAACAAAGUACUCACCACCGUAAAAGGGUUAUAGAAUUGUUAACCAAUUUGAUGAAAGAUCUUGGUGAGAUAGGAUCAGUUGUUGGAGGAAAUGGUGCUGAGAUGAAACUUUCAACAGAUGUAAGUGGAAAAAUUGAAGAAGAAUUUACUGUUGCUCGCUUGUAUGUCAGCAAAAUGAAGUCUGAAGUAAAGGCGUUAACUCAGCGUUGUGGCCAGUUGGAAACCUUCCAGUUUGAAAGUAACAAAAAGGUUGAAGAAAAUGAGAAAGAGCUUGCCGAAUGUCGGUUGCUAAUUAGUCAGUAUGAGGCCAAAGUGAAGUCCCUUCAGGAAUCUAUGCGGGAUGUGGAAAGUAAGAGGCGGACCUUAGAGGAAGCUGUAGAUCAGAUGAAUGAAGAAUGUGCUAAGCUGAAAGCAGCUGAAGAAAUGCAUAUUGUAACAUCCAUGGAAAAGGAAAAGGAGAAAGACAGUGCUGAAAAAAUGAAAAUUGCUUUAGAGCAACAAAUAGAAAAACACAGAGAGUCACAUCAGAAACAGCUUUCCACACUAAGAAAUGAAUUGUCAGAAAAACAAGAUCAAAUUAGUGAAUUAAAAGAUAUGAACCAGAAGCUCUCAUUAGCACAAGAACAGCUGCAAAAAGAGUAUGAGAAGUUGAAAAUGGAGGAGCAAGACAAAAAUAGAAAACUUCAGGAACUAACUUUACUGAAUGAUCGUCAGGACCAAGCUCGCCAAGAUUUAAAAGGACUGGAAGAGACAGUGGCAAAAGAACUCCAGACUCUUCACAACUUAAGGAGGUUAUUCGUUCAGGAUUUGCAGAGUCGGGUAAAGAAAUCUGUUGCUGGUGAAGAGAGUGAAGAUGCAGGUGGCAGUCCUGCACAAAAGCAGAAAAUUGCUUUUUUGGAGAAUAAUUUAGAUCAGUUGACUAAAGUCCAUAAGCAGCUUGUCCGUGAUAAUGCUGAUCUGCGAUGUGAACUACCUAAAUUGGAGAAACGGUUGCGUGCGACCAUGGAGAGGGUCAAGUGUCUGGAGACAGCACUGAAAGAUGCUAAGGAGAGUGCUAUGAAAGACAGAAAGAGAUAUAUAAGUGAAGUAGAUAGAAUCAAAGAGGCAGUGAGACAGAAACAUUUUGCCAAAAGAGGACAUGUCGCUCAAAUUGCUAAGCCGAUUCGAGCUGGGCAUCAUCCUGGAAUGUCCAGUGGGCAAGGAAUAAGAGGAGGAGGAGGGAUGGCCAUGGAAAAAAUGGCUAUGGGUGGUAUGAAUGCUGGGGAGUCGAGAACUAUUAUUGGAGGAAAACCAGUGACUGAGGUAAAGAAGAAAGCUUCUACUACUCCCAAGACCCCCAGUAUUUCAAAGUCACAAGAACAAGAGAUGCAGUAACAACUUUUCCAUCUGUGUAUACUAGGUGGGUAAACUGUGUGUUUUAUUUUCUUGCAAAUAAAGUUCAACAACAUUGAGUCUCGUACACAAGUCUAUAAGAUACACCUGAAGAACAUUAAAUAUAGGACUUGAAACUGUGGGUGGGAAACAGCCACAUCCCAAUGUUUUCAUAAUGGUGAAAUGGUACAAUUUUUCAAGUAAUAGUUUCUUGUUCCGUGCUCUCACAUUUAUCAGAAGUGUAAAUAUUGAAACUUGCAGUGUGUGGAUACACUUGUUAGAUAUACAGGUGGUUUAGGCAUAGAUCUAGUUGAUUGAUUAGUGUUUGAACUGUAUUAAGAAAAAACUUGCAGCUCUUUUGUUUUGUUUGUUUACUCUUAAAGGAGAAUAAACUUAUUUUAUUUCUUGGUUGGCUACUUCAAUUUUAAUUUGUGAAAAUUAACAUUUUUAGCAGUUAUGUAAAGAUGGUAAAAUGAUAGCAGGAAAUUAGUUAAAUUUUUCCACAGUGAUUGAAAAUAAGAAAAUGCAUUUCUGUUGUAUUGGUUCAGAAAAUUAUAACUAGAAGUAAUAGUUUAAAGUUUUUACUGUUGUGAUACUGAAUUAUUAUCAAUACUAUCCUUAAAUAGUUGAUGAGUAUUGUUACAUUUGUGUAUAUACAUUUUAAAGUGGUCUUUUUUUGUGUAGCAUAUAUUGAUGCAGAAUAUUGAGUAAACCAGUUUUAAUUAAUCUGUAUCACAAGGAAAUAUUUAAUUUGUAGUUUUCCAAAAGGCAGAAGUUAUGAAUAAUUAAGGUUUUUAUGAAACCAUGAAUGAAAAUAUUUUGUCUGGUACUAGAGUGGUGAUCAAAAGGCAAAUACCCAUAAUUGUUUUUUAUUUUAUUACCUUUCUUUGUUUAUGCAAGUGUUUGUUCAGUUUUUGACUUUCCUGAAAUUAUAAAUAUUUAAAUAAUAGUGAUACUGUCUUUUGUAAAAUUGUGUCUUUUCACAACACAUCUUUACUCUAAGUAGUUUAAUAAUUUUUACAAAUAUUAGAGGUAGAACUUGUAGUGGUUCAGACACAGAUAAAAAUGUCAUUAACUGGGAAACUUUGAAUAACUUCUAUUAUUUGGUUAAUUUGUGGCAAAGACAUAUUAAGCAACAGAAUCAAAAUAAUUUUUAUGUGGCAGUAGGUAAUAUACUGUAAUUGUGGUUACAAAGUUAGUAGUUGCAACUGACUUGACAGGUUAAUGAUUUGGGCUGUUAUUUAAUUGGCAUAUGUCAUGGGAUUGACAUAUCUGCUUGCAGUUUCAGUUUAAGUUGAGUGGAACCAAAAUCUGGUGUGUAUAGAAAAUGGGUGAAAAUACAUUUUAUAUUGAUGUAAAUGAAUAGCAUGUGUGUGCUCUUUUUCCCUUUGGGUGAAUAAAUGAGAUUUACAAAUCUUUUUUAAGUUGUUCAUUUGUAUGUGAUUGUCAAAGAAUAUAAUAAAGAUUAAUUUUUUGUAAA